AUGAAAGGAGUUAUGCGAUUUGGAAAGAAGGACAAGUUGAGCCCUAGAUAUAUUGGGCCAUUUGAAAGUCUUGACCGGAUUGGACCAGUGGCUUAUAGAGUAGCACUUCCACCAAUACUUGUGGGAGUGCAUAAUGUAUUUCAUAUUUCCAUGUUGAGGAAAUAUAUUCCCGACCCGACGCACAUUAUUGAUUAUGAACCACUCCAGAUUCGGGUGGAUAUGAAUUAUACGGAAGAACCAGUUCAAAUUUUGGAAAAGAAAGAACAAGUAUUAUGGACUCGAACUAUUCCUUUUGUUAAAGUGUUGUGGAAAAAUCAUGCUAUUAGCGAAGCUUCUUGGGAAUUGGAGGAAGAAAUGCGAGUUAAGUACCCACGGCUUUUCGAUGGGAAUUUUGACAAUUUAUAA